ACCGUAUCGAAACAAACUUGUCACUGUUCUGUAGCUUGUUGAACGGUAUUACGGGGCGCUAUUUAUUUUGGUGAGCAACUUCUUAAAUAUCAUAAAUAGAGUGAAUUAGAUAACAUAAAAACAAUUCAGAACUGAUACUGAUACAGAUCCUGCGGAAGGGGUGUUGUGUGCGGUAUGGCGGUUGUGGCCUUUGGCACGGUUGCGGUAGCGAUCUUGUUGGCUACGCUAUUGACGGCUACAACAACGUCUACCAACCCAAGAUCUAUUCCCCCGGGAUUCUUUUUCGCCUGUGCAACGUCUGCCUACCAGGUGGAGGGUGCUUGGAAUGAAGAUGGCAAGGGCGAGAGUGUAUGGGACAACUUCACUCACAAGUACCCUGACAGAGUAAAGGGUAGAGAGACCGGUGACGUGGCGUGUGACUCUUACCACAAAUACAAGGAGGACGUGAGGAUGAUUAAAGAGACGGGGUUCACAAUGUACAGGUUCUCGCUUUCCUGGACCCGAAUUCUCCCAACUGGCUACAACCACACAGUCAACCAGAAGGGGGUGGAUUAUUACCAUCGCUUAAUAGACGAGUUACUGGCCAACGGAAUCCAGCCAAUGGUAACACUAUUCCAUUGGGAUUUACCGCAGAGCCUACAGAACAUUGGUGGUUGGACCAACCCCGCCAUGCCGGACUACUUCAAAGAUUUUGCCGACAUCGCCUUCCGAGAAUACGGAGAUAAGGUUAAAUGGUGGAUUACAAUCAAUGAGAUAGAACUCCUGUCACAGUACGCGUACGGGGAGGCUCGGCACGCCCCUGGACUGGGUGAUCACGGCGUGUACGACUACUUGUCUACGCAUCACAUGCUCAGAGGUCACGCCAAGGUUUAUAGACACUAUCAGUCCGUCUACAAACCUCGGCAGCAGGGUAAAGUGAGUCUGGCUCAUGCUGCGUUUUACAUGAUACCUUUUGAUGAAACUUCCUCAGAGGAUCAGGCGGCGGCUGAGAGAGCUAAUCAGUUUCAUACGGAAAUGUACACCCACCCAAUUUUCUCAAGUGAAGGAGAUUAUCCUCAGUUCGUCAGGGAUCGCGUGGACCAUAACAGUAAAUUGGAAGGAAGGAAAAAUUCCAGGCUACCUUACUUUACAGCACAAGAAAUAGAAGAACUGAAAGGGAGCUUCGAUUUCUUUGGCCUCAAUCACUACUACAGUUACGUUGUGACAUCAGGGACACCGGAGCCUAAUCCUUCUAUAAACAGGGAUGCUGGAGUCACGAUUCCAGAUUAUAAGCUAUAUCCUGUAGGCCUCAGACGUCUCCUGAACUUUAUCAGGACUAAAUACGACAACCCACCAGUCUUUAUAACAGAAAGUGGAUGUGAAGACAGCAGCGAGUUCUACGACACGACCAGGAUUGAAUAUUUCCAUAACUAUGUGGAGCAAGUACUAUUAGCCAUCAACGAAGACGGAUGUAAUGUUAUCGGCUACACAGCUUGGUCACUCAUGGACAACUUUGAGUGGAACAGAGCGUACUCAGUAAAGUAUGGUCUCUGGCACGUGGACUUCAAUAGCACAGAACGAACAAGAAAGAUGAAAUUGUCAGGAUAUUACUUCAAGAAAAUGACAGAGACAAUGCAGCUUCCUAGCAUUCCAUUCUAUAUAUAAAAUUUAAUAAAUAUUAUAUGACAUACUUUCA